CUUCAGUGGCAGUGCGCAUGUGCGAAAUUUAAAGAGGGACGUUUGAGGAACUGAAACUACAGACGAUAUCUAUGCUUAUAAUUAACAGCCUUCAAUAAAGUUUAGUAUUGAAGUUCACGGCAAACGGAUCCCAAUAGGCGUGAAACGGUGUGAAAUAUUUUACCACUAUUUAGAAAAUCUAUAGGACAGAAAGAAAACCAUGUCAACUCAGCCUCUCAUCAGAUCAAAGCAGACCGAGAAAUCAAUCAAUGGAAUAUCCACACAGGUUGUUUGCACAGAAUUCAGUAACUACAUAUUUAUAGUUCUCACACAGUAUGGAAAAAUUGGCACUUUAGUAUCAGUCACACCUGACUCCAGAUCUGGUGAUAUCAGCACUUCCAUGUUCACCACUAAAGUAUUGCUGGGAAAAGAAGAGGCUUUGACACACGUCUGUGCCAAAAACUUGGCAACAUUUGUGUCACAAGAGGCAGGCAACAGGCCUGUUCUACUGGGGUUGGCACUGAAGGACAGUUCCAUAGAAGCAAUAAAGGCCAUGAAAGAUGUAAUAAAAAGUUGUCAAGUCUGGUAACUACUGGUACAGGGAACGAGCAACAGAAUAGCCUACCUGGAAAGACAAUUUAAGAAAAGGCUUCAUACACUUAACACAUUUUUUUCCUCAAUGUUUUUCCAUCCUUUAAAAAUGUAUUUUGUUGUCUGUUGUUACUUCUAAGCAUGAUGUGGUAAUAAAUGCCAUAUAAAUGGGAA